AUGAAAGCUGUGCGAUAUGUCUUCUCUUACAAACUGUUGCUGGCUGGUAACAGUUUCCGCAAUUUUGGCAACAGAAGCCCGAAUAUCAGAGAGUUAUUCACGAACUACAGAUCUCACUGUGGUCAGAUUGAUGUUUUCAGAGAUGUCGUUCAUGUUGUAAAUGUUCGCGAGGAUAAAAUAAAUUCUGCCUUUUCUGCUGGUUCUUCUACUCAUAUUUCCUUGAAUGAUAAGGACUUGUUACCUCUCAUAGAUGACAAUAUAACAGAAGACAUACCCUUUGACCCAUUCCAACCAAGAACGUAUAAAGCAUCAUGUAAUUUUGAAGCUGGUGAUGAAGGACAUGUAUACGGUGAUAAUAUCUUUACCGAGAAUACCUUCACUACUUCACAAUUGUUGAGUAUUGAGCUGUAUGAUAUUGUAACUUCAUUCAAUGUACCUACUGAGUGCCAUCGUCAGCUCGUCAAUCUGAUGAACACGGUAUUCCGAGACCACGAUAAACUCUCAAAAGAAUAUUCCCCAGAAAUUCUCCAGGCUGGACCUGUCAAUACCCUACUCAAGAAAAAAACAGCGAUAAAGGCUCACGCAUAUGGCAUAUGCGAGAAUGUCUGUAAGCUGUAUAACAAUACCCAAUGCGAAGAAGAAUGCUCCCACUGUGGCAGUAAAAGGUUUCUGGAACCUACAGGUGAUGCCCCCGCCCCUUUGGUCUCGGUGAAGACAAUGAAGAUGAUGUCGCUUGGCGAUCAACUGGCUCGACUCCUUGGCAACGAAGAGUAUAAGGCCCUAAAGGACCAGCACUUUUUCCAGUCCCCCGACGAUAUUGCUGUUGCCUUGUUAUCGGAUGGUUUUGUAAACCAGAAAAAAUCAAAGCAGCAAUUGACCAUUGUACAUGUGAUGAUUUUGAAUUAUGAUCCAUCAAUAAGAUAUACCGACGAAUAUCUUAUCCAACUUGCCAUUAUACCCGGAAAGCCUGUAGAUCUUGAUUCUUUCUUGUUACCUAUAAUAGAUGAAGUCAUUAGCUUAGGCAAAUAUGGGCUGAUUAUAAAAAAGUUUGACGGUGAAAGGAUUGUGGGAAAAGUUCACAUGGUGAUGGCCUCUGGAGACAUUCCCCAAGUUACAAAGUAUUGCCAUCAUAAAGGCCACAAUUCCAGAUACGGUUGUCGUGUAUGUGAAGUAUUAGGUGAAGCCUCCUUAAGAGGUAGAGGCAUGUACUUUAAAAACUGCAGUGCUCCUCUAAGGCCAAAGAUCGACUUUGUUAAUGGCAACACUAAUACUAACAUUCAAGAGCCCAACAUCUUUGCACGGCUACCUACCUUUACUGGGUCUUCCUUCUAUGGUCUGGAUGAGAUGCACUUAAUUGGACAUGGUAUAGGAAAGCUUGUCCACAAGCUAAUAGUGCUAUCGAAUACUACCACAUCUACCAAUAAUUACUACCCAAGAACUGCUGACGGGUCUCUUCUCCUAAAGGAUCGAUAUACCUUUUCCUUGCAAAAAAAGGAUGUAUUGUCAGCCGGUCAGUGUAUCGAAUUGUCCCGAUCAAAAAUCCCUGUUUCAUUUCAAGGCAGUUGGGAUAAUCUGAUGCUUAAGACCGAAGGCACGAGGGCAAUUGAUUAUAUCGAUCUUUUAUUGUAUGUAGUCCCUACUCUCCUUGUACCUCUUUUCACAAAAGUUGCUACUCAAAAAGCACUUCUUGCUUUGGUGAGAGGUUGUUCUAUUUCGCUACAAUGGAACUUGAAUGAGGAGUUAAUUGUUGAAAUGGAAAAUCACUUUAGUAUCUGGCACCAGUUUUUGCAAGCUGAGAUCACCAAAAACAACAUAUCUAUAAGUGUAUUUUCUCCAGUAAACCAUUACUUAACACACAUUGGGUAUAUGACAAGGAAGGUUGGAAAUCUCCGGGUGUACAGCACUAGAUCUAUGGAAAGAACGAUCGGAAGAUACUUGAAACUGAUCAAAAGUAGAGUAUUCUGCGGUAAAAAUGCUGGAAACUUGGUCGAACGGCUCGCGAUACGUGGUUACUUGAAUUGUGCAUUCAACAUAGAACAGCAGCUGGAUCCCAUCAAGUCAAAUCAAACAUCUCUCGACGAUUACUUGGAGCUUCCCCUCUCUUCCCCACACAGCCAAAACCAUCAGUUGUGGAGUCCUUUUGACCAAUUGGGUUACUUGGCUCAAUUCGUUCCUAUACCCACGUUCAUAAAAGAGUUAACAACGUAUUAUACCCGAUCAAAAUGCACUUUUCCCAUUGAUUUGCACUAUACAUUGGAAACCGUCAAACUUGUUGUGCGUGCUUGGAUCAACAACCAUGUAUAUGGCUCUGAGAUGUACAAGCAAAAGAGAUCUGAAGUUCGUCGUGGAAAUCACUAUGUGAGAAUCAAUGCCAUUUAUCAAAAUCAUACCCUCUGGUACGUUGGUUCUGUAUUGUUUUAUUUCACGCACAACCCUUUUGAUGACGAGAGCUGCAGGCAGUUCCUCGUGUUGGUGAAUGUAAUGAAGGAACACUCAGUAGCUGAAUAUGACAGCAAUAUACCUGUUGUGAUCAUGGACACAAAUUCGGCCACGCAAAGGCUUGUUGUCAUUAGCCUGAAUGACAUACAGAAUCAAGUCGGUUUGGUUCAAUCGGUUGAAUGCCCCAUGAAGUAUAAAGUAGUCGCACCAUACUAUAUAUUCAAUGAAGACAUGAAAAGUACUGCUGGAAAAUUGAGAUAUAUCAAACUGUAA